UGUAUGGGAUGCAUUAAAAGAUGAGAAUAUCUACAUGAUCGGUGUAUAUGGGAUGGGUGGUCUUGGGAAGACCACACUUGUGCAGGAAGUUGGUAAGAAAGCGGAGAAGGAUGAGCUAUUCGACGACUUUGUUUUUGUUGACGUAACAGAAACUCCUGAUAUCAAAAAAAUUCAAACAAUAAUUACAAAAAAGUUAGGUCUUAAAUUCGAAGAUGAGAAGGAAGAUGAGAGUGAAAGAGCAAAUAAGUUAUAUUCUAGAAUGAAAGACAAGAAUAUCCUUUUAAUUAUAGAUAAUAUUUGGGAAGAGCUAGAUUUGAAGACGGUUGGAAUUCCUUCUGGAGCUGAUCGUGGAAGAAGCAAAAUGUUGAUGACAACAAGAAAAGAAGAUGUGUUGGAGAAGAUGGGUUCCACAUAUAAUUUUAGGAUGAACAUUUUAAAUGAAGUGGAAGCUUGGAGGCUAUUCAAGAUAAUGGCAGGUUAUUUUCUCCAAUUGAUGGCUUGCAACUGAAAGUUACUAGUUCUAGAAAGAUUUGGGACAGCCAACCUC